AUGCCAUGUGGAAGAUAUGGACAUUCUGCAUGUAUCCACAAUGAUUACCUAAUGUACAUCUAUGGUGGUUAUUACAGAAACAAAACUAAUGAAUUGUCUUGUCUGAAUUUGGAAACUGGUGAGUGGAAAGUUGUCGAAUGUAGGGGAAACCAAAUUCCUCCUGGAACAGAUGGUCAAUCGAUGAUUAUUUACAAUAAUCAGUUGAUAAUAUUUGGAGGAAGAAAGAAGAGUUGGAUUUCUAUUAAUUUAGUUCAUGUUUUGGAUUUGGAAACGUUGGAAUGGAGAAGAGUGGAAAUUACUGAUCUUUCGAAUGUUCCAUGUCCUAGAACCGAUCAUUGUGAUGUAUUCCAUGAUGGAAAGUUGUAUAUUCAAGGAGGAUAUGAUGAUGGAGGUCAAUUCUUGGGAAGAAGAAAUGAUUUGUAUGUAUUUGAUGUAAAAACCGAAACUUGGACUCAAUUGACUGGCCAAUGUAAUGGUUUACCACCUCCAGAAAUGUCCACUCAUAGAGCAGAAUGCUUGGAAUUGAAUGGGAAACAUUACAUGAUCAUGGUGGCAGGUUGGGAUAAUUACAAGAGACACAGGAAUGAAAUUUAUGGAUUGGAAUUGGAAACUCUGACAUGGAUUCAUUUUCCAUCCAUUAACCCUAAUAUUUUCCAUGAGAGAAGACAUUUUGGAAUGGUAAAAUUGUCAUCCUCAAUUCAAUCUGAGUAUUUCAGAGGAAAUGAUUUGAUUGUUUAUGGUGGUUGUACUGAUACCUGCAUGUUGAAUGAUGUUUGUGUAUUGAGAUUGAGCGAUUCGUCUGUUAAUGAGGAUGAAUUGGUGGAAGUGUCGUCUAUCUCUGAAUUUGAUAAUGGAAAAACUGAAGAAUUGUGGAAAUUAUUAAUGAAUGAACAUUCGAAUUGUUUCGAACGAAUUCUUGAAUUUGGAAAUUGUUAUGACUUGUUGGAUUGGAGUCUUGUGAACAAGAAACAAUGGAAUUCAUCAAUAUCUAACAAUAAUUUACUAAAGAAAGCAGUAAUUCAAUACUGGAAUUACAGAAAUAGACAUCUCAUUGACGGGAAUGCCAAGAUUUUGAAAUUACUUCCAAAAGAAGCAACACUCAAAAUAUUACAAGAAGAUGACGAUAAUAUUUCAAUCACAACUGUGAAGAACUUGAUACACCAACUCACUGACACAUUUUUUUUUGCAGAUCCUUAUGAAAAUAUUGCCUGGACUUCCUUUCCAAAAAUUAAUUCCUUAUUAGGUAUUGCCAAGCUCAAUUUCUCAAAAAUUGAAUCACAACUUGAUAAUAAUUUUUCAUUCUACAUGGCCCUCCACUCUACCUGUUUCGACGAGUAUCCCAUCAUAACCUCAAUCAUUUCUACCUCUCGAAAAACAAUCAAAUCUCCACGAGAAACUUUCAUCCUUUUUGAUCCAUACAUUGGCUCUCUAAUCUUUACAGAAAAAGUGCAAACCAAGAUGCUUAAUGAUUUCAAGCGAUUGCUAACGACCACAAUCUCACCUUCGAUAACGAUUCCACUCAUUGAUUCUCAAUUAUCUGACACACCAUUAUCAAACUCCCAAAAUGGAAGUAUACUUGAGGACAUUCUAUCGGUACUAUUAAGAAAUGCCUCAAUCCAAAAAGACAAACGAUAG